GCCAGCCAGCCAAGAAAAACAUCAGUCGACCAACAGCGAGUAGGCGUCAGUGAACGAUGCUGCUGCAGAUCUUGGCAGGCCAAUCGGUUUCCAGUUCCGUUGCACAACAAGCUCCUUGUUGAAGGGUUUUCUUAAUCUGUUUUGUGUACAAAAUUGUGCUGUUUUUGUCAAUUUUUAAAACUACUAAAAGUAACGUCAACAUUCCUCACUGCAAAACGUACUUGAAAGUGCGAUUAGAAAUCGAAAGUUUCACAGCGAAAGCGAACAACUCCAAGGACAACACCCAAAGAAGACUCAGUCAAUCUCACAACAUAACCUGCCCAUCCUUCUCAAAAUGGACCGAAACUUCCUCAUGAGCAGUAUCGUCGGCGGCAGUAGCAGCAGCAGCAGCCGAAGACAACCCUUCCAGAACCCGUUCGGCCGGCGGCCAUGGAUGGAGCAGAGUGGCGCUGCGGCCCCGGCCGGCGGUGGCACCGGUCUGAAGGGCAUCGUCGCCGGUGGCAUCACCGGCGGUAUCGAGAUCUGCAUCACGUUCCCCACGGAGUACGUCAAAACGCAGCUCCAGCUGGACGAGAAGGGCGCGACCAAGCAGUACAACGGUAUUGCGGACUGCGUCAAGAAGACGGUCAAGACGAACGGGUUCUUUGGGCUGUACCGGGGGUUGAGCGUGCUGCUGUACGGUUCGAUACCGAAGUCGGCGGUUAGGUUCGGCGCCUUCGAGACCUUCAAAGGGCAGCUUAUGGAGCCAAACGGUACGCUGAGUACUUCGGGCAAGUUGCUGGCCGGUUUGGGCGCUGGUGUAGCGGAAGCCAUCUUGGCCGUAACGCCGAUGGAGACGGUCAAGGUGAAGUUCAUCAACGAUCAGCGCAGCGGAAAUCCCAAAUACAAGGGCUUCUUCCACGGCGUCGGCAUGAUCGUAAAGCAGGAGGGCUUCUCCGGGGUGUACAAGGGCCUCACGGCGACCAUCAUGAAGCAGGGCUCGAACCAGGCCAUCCGAUUCUACGUGAUGGAAACGCUCAAGGAGGUGUACAAGGGUGGCGAUCAAUCGAAGCCGGUGCCAAAGAUGGUGGUGGGAGCGUUCGGUGCCGUGGCCGGAGCGGCUUCCGUGUUUGGCAACACCCCGAUCGACGUGGUCAAGACGCGCAUGCAGGGGCUGGAGGCCGCCAAGUACAAAAACACCGUCGACUGUGCCGUACAGAUCUGGAAGAACGAGGGUCCGAUGGCGUUCUACAAGGGCACCGUGCCGCGGUUGAGCCGCGUCUGCCUCGAUGUGGCCAUCACGUUCAUGAUCUACGACUCGUUCAUGGACCUGUUCAACAAGUUCUGGCGCUAAACUCAUGACACAAAACGAAGCACACACGCAUUCCUGAAUCAGGGAACACAUACGUAUAUAUCAGCGAAAGCAGGAAGAAUUUUAAAAACACAAGCAACAACCUCAACAGACCAUAAUCUACACCUGCAGAAUCUGAGAACGCAAAGCCCGCCUCCUCCCCCUCCCCGUAGAAGUUGUUCAAAAACAGUGUCUAUUGCACCGUAUUCCGUACUGAGAGAGAGAGCGAGAGCACAAACAAACCUAAAACGAGUAGCAUGCCGCAGUUUCGCUUGUUAACAAACUUCUUUUCCAAGAAACGGGUUCUAUUAAUUCCUAAAAGCUGGAGAUUUGCCGCGCGCCAUUCCAAUUAUUUUAAGAAUCUAAUCAAAAAAUGCAUUCCAACCAGAAAAUGAUGCAUUCAAAACAAACAAACUAUUGGCAAACGUAAAACAUUCUUGACGCAAACUUAGUUCGAGCGCUGACUGUUGAAAAUUUAUCGAUUUAUGUUAUACAAUCAGACUAUUUUUUUUUCGUUAGCUUUCUGUACAUUUAACAUCUGUUCGCGUCAACUUUUCAUUUAUCUUAUUUUUUGUUUUGCUUAGGGCGACAAUCGGGAACCGACGAACAGAGUCAUGUCUAUAUUUAUUGAUUGAUGUGUAAUAUAUUAACUGUAUAGAUGUGUUAGGUUUUAGGCACGUAGAAAUAAACGAAAAAAAUUAAGAAAAAA